UCGGACGGUAUGCUGCGAGGAAGAGCGACGCGGAAAGGUGUUUCGGAGCGGCUGGUCUGGUCGAGCCGUGGUACCAUGGCUGAAUUUCAGGGGGUCUCAGCGCUGUGCGAAAACCCCAACGACGUAUUCUUGGACGCCUCAAAACUGCUGCUGACUUAUGCUGACAACAUUCUUAGGUAAUCCUCGAUUGGAGUCGUGGAAUCCAAACGAAGAGAAAUACAGAUCUAUACGGAUCGGAAACCCCACAUUUUCGACCAGGCUUCUGCCUAUCCGAGGAGCUGUGGAAUGUCUCUUUGAGAUGGGAUUCGAAGAGGCUGAAACGCAUCUAGUGUUUCCGAAGACAGCCUCUGUGGAACAGCUGAGGCGGAUCCGGGAGUCCAUAGCAGUGGAGAGGGAGCAGAGGCUCCAACUGGGGCAGGCUUCUGCUGGUUCUGAAGUCGCUGCCCCCAUCAGCAGCCAGUCCCAAGCCAGCCUGGCUGACAGAGUGCCAGCCCCUUCCCCUUCCGUCAGACCUCUGGCCGUCCAGCCAGCCGCACGCGCAGUCCCUGUGCAGGAGAACAGCAUGAGCUUCUUCAGGACACUGCAGGCGAACAGCCAGCAUGUCAUGGUGUAUGAGAACCCCGCUCUGCAGCAGAAAGCCCUUGCCUGCAUCCCGCACCCUCAGCUCCAGAGCGUGGCCCAGGAGAAGCUGGAGCAGGCCAGGAAAUCGGAUCCAGAUUGCAAUCUGAUGGAAGACGACCUGCUGUUGCUGGAGCUGCUGCGGUGGUUCAAAGGAGACUUCUUCUCCUGGGUGAACCGCCUGCCCUGUAGCCGCUGCGGGGGCAAGACCCAGUCCUCGGGUUCACUGCCCCCUUCGGCCGACGACCUGCGCUGGGAUGCCUCCCGGGUGGAGAACCACCACUGCAGUGUCUGCCAACUUUCCACGAGGUUCCCCAGGUACAACAACCCUGAAAAGCUGCUUGAGACCAGGAGGGGGCGCUGUGGGGAGUGGGCAAAUUGCUUCACUCUGUGCUGUCGAGCACUAGGACUGGAGGCCAGGUACAUCUGGGAUAGCACGGACCACGUGUGGACGGAGGUCUACUCUCCCUCGCAGAGGCGAUGGCUGCACUGCGACCCCUGCGAGAACGUCUGCGAUAAGCCGCUCCUGUACGAAGUCGGCUGGGGCAAAGAACUGUCUUACAUCCUCGCCUUUUCAAAGGAGCAGGUGGUCGACGUCACAUGGAGGUACUCCUGUAAGCACCCAGAGGUCCUGUCCCGGCGGACGCAAGUUAAAGAGAGAUGGCUGCUGCAGAGCGUCAACGAGCUGAAUGCUGCGAAACAGCAGUCUCUCAGCCCGGAGAGGAGGAAAGAACUGCUUGAAAGACUGCUGGUAGAGCUAGUGGAGUUCAUCUCCCCCAAGGCGCCCAAGCCAGGCGAGCUGGGGGGGCGCACGUCGGGCUCUCUGGCGUGGAGGAUGGCGCGGGGGGAGAUCGGCGCCCCUGCCGCAAAGGCAGAUGGGUACGUCUUUGUUCCCACGGAGACGGAGAGGACCAUGAAGCGGUUCCAUCUCCAGUACAACGUAACGAAGAACCAGUACUGCCGAGUCUCCAGCGGCCAGGAGGCCCUGCAGGGCUGGGAACGGGGCGCGUGGAAGUGGGACUCUGUCAACCGCAAGGUGGAGAAUGACUGGCAGAUGGUCUAUCUGGCCCCCACCGAGGGCUCUACCUCGGGGAAUCUCAGCUGGCGUUUUGACUGUGGACCCACCGGGCUGAAGAUAAAGACGGUUUCGGUCCGAGCGUGCAGUCAGACCUUUCACUCUGGCCGAGUCAGCUGGAGAAUGCGGUCAGGCCGGGACACCGUGGACUUCUUAGGAGACGGGAAAAUGCACUCGGCGCCGAAUUUCUCUGGAUCCACGGACCUCGUGGUGGAAGCGGAGCUUGGUGGAAGUGAAGGGGAGUUGUCAUGGCAACACUCACAGCUGUUCCGGCACAGUCUGAAAGAGGCGGAGGAUUCCUCGCUUGAAAUCGUCAUAGAGAUGGCGGAGGCGUGAUGACACAGCCCCUGGUGUAUAUAGAUGUGUAGAGUGUCGGUCCUUGACCUCACCAAUCUCAUGAUGUGGGUUUAGUGGCUUUGUAAUUAAAGAGGAUCAGAACUUAUCCUCCUCUUUCCACUGGGAACAUUAUACUUAACUUUUUCUGGGCCCCCAGUGUUUCACCUCUGGCCAGGAACAUGGCACCCUGCCCUGACAGUAGACCCAGGACCCAGCCAUGGGCCCGGUGAGGCUAAGACGCAACCCUGUCUCAUUUAACGGACCGUCGCAUCAGUAGGCCCUGCGGCCUGUGUGGUGAUGGUUCUUCCAUGUUAGAGAGACCGGAUUAAUCUGCUGGAGCACAGCUACUGGUUAUGAGGUGAUUUAGGGGACAGAGUAUAAGUAAAUAUCCACCUCUGUUUUAUUAUGCCAUUAGUAAAGUUCUGUGGUCUGUCAAGGCAGCUGUGAAUAGACAUUUCAUCUGGUGUCUCGGGAGCAGUACAGGCUCUCUAUUCUUAUUGUUCUUCCUGAAACAUUGAUGUCCGUGGUAACUGUAUCACCAUAUUACUGAUAUAAACGUUUUAUUUUGGCUUUUGCUUAAAACACAGACCUGGUAAUUCAAGUAGAAAAUUGUAGCUAAAAAUGUUACAGAGUUACUUUUUUUACAGAGUCGAUAUAUACAGUCAUCAUUGGUACUAUAACCUUAUUUGAUUAUUGUGGUAUGGUAACUAAUUAAAGGUAUUUUUCCAAUAAAAUCAUAGGGGGGAUGUA